UCGAUAUCCACCAACAGCCUCCAAUCCUGCCACAAUGGAACUAUCUCUGACCGACACCAGCAUUCAGUGAUAUGUUGAAUCCACAACGUCGAUGAGGUUGCCUUCUCGGUCGCCGCGAUUCUUCUUGUCUUCUCGAUGACUGGGACUCUUCUUCGCUUCUGGAUUGCUGCUGCUCUUCCCUUCUUGAGGACUGCGGUGGAGCUGAUGGAGCGUCAGGUCGUGCAUCUACUAUGUAAUGUAAACCGAGAUUUGUAUGGUUCCAUACUUACCAUUGAUAUAAUUCUGAAGAAUCCGUGAA